UGCAGAAAACCCUCCACACACCCUCGUGACAGACGACAGUUGCCGCCCAGCUUUGAUUGAACACGCAUGGUGUAAAAGAAACUGCGUCAGAUCAGAAACUGUCGGCAGAUAAAACCGUGUAUUCUAGUCAUUCCAGGGUACAAGGAGACAAGAAAAUGGCGUACUUUCAAGCUCUCUUCGACCGGAUAUGUGGAGAUCUCCAGCGGUCUACACAGGAAAUGUCUUCCGACUUUCUGCAGCUUUCGACCAAUCAGCAACGAGUCUCAUAUGCCCUCAGCAUCCCCAGCGUUCACAGCUACAUCAAGGUCAAACCCAUGUUCAAGGGAAAGUCAGCAAUGGAGGCCACAAAACUUCGAGAAUUUGGGAAUAAAAUGUUUGGUCAAAAGGACUAUGACUCUGCUCUACAGAUGUAUAGUGAAAGUGUUCUCAAGGCACCGUUUGAUCCAAAUGUCAAUCACCCGGUUGCCCAUGGUAACAUGAACGGCAGUAGUCACGGGCGCGCGCAGUGUGACAAAAAUGACGUCACGACGAAUGAUGGGAAUGAAUUUUCACUUGCGUUAGCCAACAGGUCCGCCGUGCUGUUCAGUCUGGGGAAAUACGACCUCAGCAUGAAGGACAUUGAUCUGGCAUUGCACCACGGCUACCCAAAGGAGCUGACAUACAAGCUGCACGAACGGAAAGGACGAUGUCUUUGGAAUCUUGGAAGAGACGAAGAAGCCCUGCAAAGUUUUCUAACGGCUAAGGAACACGUGACGAAAUCUUCGCUAAACAGCAAGAAGCGGAAAUCGUGGAAAGCGACGGUUGAUAAACAAAUAGCGGCAUUGCAGAGAACACCAUCGUCUGUGGAGUCUGCUGAUCCAUCCUCAACCACUAACAUCCCUUCCGUGAGUUAUGGAACAAACAGCACGUUUCCCUCCCUCUCUACUGCUGUAGAAAUAAGGCAGAGCGAACAGAGGGGUCGUCACGCAGUGGCCGCCCAGGACAUCCGUGUGGGUGACGUGUUGAUCGUGGAGAAGCCGUACGGAUCUGUCGUGUUACCGGAGCAGGGUGAUACGCACUGUGACUACUGCUGCAGAAGGGUGUCGGCCCCGCUCCCCUGUCAGCAGUGCAGCACCGCCAGAUACUGUAGCCACGAGUGUGCGGACCUGGCAUGGACACAGUACCACGGUGUGGAGUGUCAGUACCUGGGACUCAUCCACUCCUCUGGUGUAGGGGGGAUGGGCCACCUGGCCUUACGACUUGUCAACAGGACAGGAUUCCACUUUCUUCAAGAAUUCGAGCGGACGCUGGAAGACAACAUUUCGAGAAAAGUAAAUGAACCAGAAAAAAACGCCCAAGACAGAAACUCUGGAAAUACAGACUACAAAGAUUUUCCAGGUCUAAAUGACGAGGGAGUGUAUACAAAUGACUACAACAGUGUUUACAACUUGGAGAAUCAUUCUUUAGAACGUAAACCGAGUGACUUAUUUCGUAGGACGGUCAUGGCGAUUUUUCUGUUGAGAAUAUUACAGAAUGGCGGGGUCUUCCUGGUUCCCGCGCAGGAAGUGGCUGAAGAAGACCAGUUGCUCGUAGCUUCUCAUCUGUUGAGACAUCUGCAGAUGAUACCCUGUAACGCACAUGAGGUUUCUGAGUUUGAGUUCUACCGAGGCGACCCAGACCGGUGCCGGUACCUGGAGGUAGCGUCCGCCCUCCACUGCACCAUGCUGGGGAUGUUUAACCACUCCUGCGACCCGGUCAUCAAUAGGAACUUCUACGGGGACGUGUUGGUCGCACGGGCCAUCAGACCUGUCGCUAAAGGGGAAGAGAUCACCCUGAACUACAGCGUGCUGUACACCACUCAGUCCCGCAUGGAGAGGCAGUACAAGCUGGCAGGGCAGUAUUUCUUCAAAUGCAGUUGCCAGCCGUGUGCGGAGAACUGGCCGCUGUUUUACGACAUGGUGCAGGAUCUACAGACGCGGAACAAACUGCCAAAACUCAAGUGUAGACACUGCUUCUCUAUGCUGCCGGGAUCUGAAGACAAAGUCAUCAACAAAAUGAAGUGCUCGGUCUGUGGAGAAGAGCAAGAACUGCAGGCACUAAGGACGCAGCUUGACAGCAUCGUUGAUGAAGUCUUUACCAAGGUGGGCCAGGUUGUGACGGGAGAGGUGGAGUCCUCACUUCCGGCUCUGGAGCGAUGUCUGGAGCGGAUGGAGAAGAUCGUGGCAAGGCCUUAUGGGUAUUACGACAGCUGUCAAGAAGCCAUCAAGCAAUGUUAUGGAAUAGUCGGAAACUGCUACGAGAGAACAACAUCAUAAUUUCCAAUUCUGAAAAUGGCUUUUCUUUCAUUAUAGGUAGAAAACGAUGGUUGAUAGAACGUAAAAUGUUAAUGUUGUAGCGAAUAGUUAUAGCAUAUAGGAGUAGGACGUAAAGGUUAAAUUAGUAGCGAAAAGCUGUUGACUAUGGAGCAGCAUAUCAAUUUUAAGAAGAAAAGAAAUAUCUACAGGGUCAUAAAGGAGAUAUAUUCGAUUGAGCAGGGUUUGAAAUCUCAGUAACAAAUGUUAAUUCGUAUGGCCUUCCAAGGAUAUCUAAUGUGCAAUUUACUUUACAUAAAUCAUCUCUAUCAAGUAACCAAAUGUUGCAACGAACAAAUAAUGUUUUGUGCUUGUUUUGUUACGCGUAUUCUAAUCAUCAAAAAAGGGAGUUUAUGAAAAAAGAAUAUUCUCUUGCUUUAGUUGGUUAAAACCAAAUCAAGGACAACAUCAAAGACAAAGUUCAUACUAAUAAUGUGUUCGGGCUUGAUUAUUUUUAUUGAGUGCUUUCACGUUAUUCUGAUUUCUUUGAAUGCACCUACGAAAAUUAUCUCCAUAUGAAUCCCGAUUUUGAGUGAAAUAAAAUGUCAACUCAGAA